AUGGCGGAGGCGCUAGUGAUAGUGAUGAUGAAUAGGAUCUCGCUGUGCAAGAGGCGAUUGAUCGACGGAUCCGGCAGAGGCAGCGGCGGCGGCCGUGCCUCGGCCGAUCCAUCGCCGACGCCGCGUUUUGGGGAUGCCUUAUUCCGCCGACGUUUUAGGAUGCAUCGUCCUCUGUUUAUGCAUAUCGUUGGUGCAUUAGAGAGAAGGUACGAGUUUUUCAGGAUCGGGGAGGAUGCGGGCCGGCAAACCCGGACACACGCCAAUACAGAAGUGUACGGCCGCAAUCAGCAACCGGCGUACGGAGGCCCGGCCGACAUGUUCGACGAGUACCUCCACAUUGGGGAGUCUUCAGCCGUCGAGUGUCCGUUGGAGUUUUGCGCGGGCGUUAGAGCGAUAUUCGGGGAUCGGUAUCUUCGGCGUCCGAGCUCAAGGCGCGGGCGGCCGAUUAAUAUGCACGGGUCCGUGCACGGGUUCCACGGGAUGUUGGGCGGCAUCGAUUGUAUGCAUUGGGAGUGGAGGAACCGCCCCGCCGCCCUGGAAGGGGAUACACACUUCCGGCUUCAAAGCCAAGCAUCCCACGAUGAUCCUUGA